CUCUCACUGGCUUUUUAAUGUGAAGCUCAGAUCCUAAUGCCCCUCACUCCAAGAUUUGUGCAAGAACAGGCACAUUCAAAGCUUCAGAACAACAACCUUGGAACAGCCUUUAGCUGGGGAAGGGAACUUUGCACACAAGGGAGAAGAUGGAUUCUGGAAAGCAGCUGUCUGGCACUCUGAUACUGGCAGUCUUCACGGCGGUGCUCGGGUCACUGCAGUACGGCUACAGCCUCGGCGUCAUCAACGCACCGCAAAAGGUCAUCGAGCGGCACUAUGGGCGUGCCCUGGGGGUCCUGCAGAACGUGUCGCACUCCGAUAAUGCCACAGAAGGGCUUCCCCACCCCACCGUGCUCAUGUACUGGUCCCUGUCCGUGUCCAUCUUCUCCAUCGGUGGCAUGAUCUCGUCCUUCUUCGUGGGGUUUGUGGGCGACCUGAGAGGAAGGGUGAAGGGCAUGCUGGCGGUGAACGUCCUAGCUGUUACGGGGGGGCUGCUGAUGGGCCUGGCCAACAAGGGCGUUCCUCACAUCAUGGUCAUCGCAGGGCGAGCCGUGAUGGGAUUCUACUGUGGUCUGUCCUCUGGCCUGGUGCCCAUGUAUGUUGGAGAGAUCGCACCGGUGGCAUUUCGCGGCGCUCUGGGCACCCUGCACCAACUGGCCAUAGUGUCUGGCAUCCUCAUUAGCCAGGUGAUUGGUCUGGACUUCCUGCUGGGGAACGAUGCCCUCUGGCCAGUCCUGCUGGGCCUGUCUGGGGCGCCCGCGAUCCUCCAGAGCCUGCUGCUGCCCCUGUGCCCCGAGAGCCCUCGCUACCUCUACAUCAAACUGGGCAGAGAGGAGGAGGCACGAAAAUGUCUGAAACGUUUCCGUGGGGAAUACGACUUUUCGAAAGAGCUGGCAGAAAUGAAGAAGGAGAAGGAGGAGGUGAUGAAGGAGGCGAAGAUCUCCAUCGUGACGCUGGUGCGCUUGCCCACCUACCGACAGCAGCUGUUUGUGGCGCUGAUGAUGCACCUCUCCCAGCAGUUCUCCGGGAUCAACGCCAUUUUUUAUUACUCGACGGCAAUUUUCUACAAAGCUGGUGUUGCAGAGCCGGUCUAUGCCACUAUCGGCGUGGGUGUAAUAAACACCAUUUUCACCAUGGUUUCAGUGGCACUUGUGGACCGGGCCGGCAGACGCACUAUGACCCUGAUCGGACUCGGUGGGAUGUGCUGCUGUGCCGUGGCCAUGUCCGUUGGCCUUGUCUACCUGAGUACCUACUCCUGGAUGAGCUACGUCAGCAUGGCCGCCAUCUUCCUGUUCGUGUGUUUCUUUGAGAUCGGGCCAGGCCCCAUUCCGUGGUUCAUUGUGGCGGAGCUCUUCAGCCAAGGUCCACGGCCUGCGGCCUUAGCCCUGGCCGGCUGCUUCAACUGGACAAGCAACUUCAUCAUUGGCAUGUGUUUUCCAUACGUGGAGGCCCUGUGCGGAAGCUAUGUCUUCACCAUCUUUGCGGCUUUCCUAUUCAUCUUCACCCUCUUCACAUACUUCCGGGUGCCGGAGACCAAGGGCAAGACGUUUGAGGAGAUCGCUGCCGAGUUUCAGGGCAGGCGAGGUCGCCGCCCCCCCAUCCCCGCAGCGACUGAGCUGGAGCAGCUGAAGUCAUCGUCAGAGGCCUGAAAGGUCGUCAUGGAGACUGCACACAGACCCAUAGAGUUCCAUAACUAAUAUACAGUCAAGUUAUCAUUUUAAGUUGUGUAUAUUUUAAGUGUUUUUAUUUAUCCACAGAAGCAGUCAACCCUUUGGUUAGUAAUGGGAUUGACUUAGAGCAUACUUAGUAUUAUUCAUGCUACGCUACAAGUGUUAGAGUUCCUAGUUCGUUCGAAUAAUGUUGCGUUGACGGGAGAGUAUCAAGCAGGAUAAGUACUGUGGUCUUCUAUGGGAAGACGGGCCGAGCAGCCAGGGCAGUAACGUGAACCGAUCGGCUGCUGGCCUGUUGGUACAUGACAGAAGUAAACCAUAAACUCGGAACUGCAGCAAAGCUCAACAAGCAAAGUCCAACAGCUUGAAAAAGGGUCUGGUUGGCUGGCUGGUUGUGUGUAGCCCUUACAGCCACCUUCCCCUAUACUCUUACCUCAUAUUCCGCCUCUUUGGUUCAAAAGACAGUCAGCCAUCUAAGAGAGAACCAAGCUAGCUUCAUAAGCUGGACCAGGAAUUACAGUGUGGGAAUUAAGCCAUUUAUGGCUUAUACCUAUAUUACAGCUGACUUAGCGACUGAGAUUUAUGAGAUGCUGUAUUAUUAGUAUAAUAUUUCGCUACAUUUUUAUUUAUUGCACCUUAAGUGCAAUAAAUAGUUAGAAUAUGUUAUAAUACGUGUUACAGUAUGUUAUAAAUGCACUCGUACUCGUAGGAAGUGUUACGUUACUGUCUUUAAUCAGGAAGUACAUUCUCUGCAAAUUUAGGUCCUUGAAAACUUGAUGGAUUUUUUUCACACAUACCUGUCUAACAACAAUACUAUCUCUCGUGUUCUUAUCUCUUAUAUAACUAGCAGCUUGGCCAUGUAACACGGUUCAGUUUAAGCAUUAUUUUUGCUUUUCACUACAUUUCUUUUAGAAUGUAUGCAGGACAAAAAGAAUUUUUCUUUAUGGUUUCUUUUCCCAAGCUAAAAACAAAAAUCAAGUGAACAGUAAUUUCUUUAUACUGAGUGUCUAUUUUAAAAUUCUGAAUUCUGAAAAUGAUUCAUCGUUUAAUCUAACAAAUAAUAGCAGGAGAAAAAAGACUUCAGAAUACAUAGUGGGUGAGAUUAUCAAGAGCUGUCAAUCACUGGGUAUCUUAACUCCUUUACAGAAGCUAUUAUAUUAGAUAAUAGAUUUUGGCAGUGAUUGACAGUGCACAGUAAUCCCACAUACUGUUGUGUUUCAAUCCCCAUCAUUGUUGCUGAUGAAAGUAUCGAUUUAAUUAUUAAAAUGUAAUCAAGUCUAAAAACAAA